UCACCGUGGCCGCGGUUCCGGGCGUGCGGCUGCCAAGCACCGCACUCGAGCGCGCUCCCGUCGCCGACAGUCGGCUUUGUACUCUCAGCCCGCGCGCACGCUCGCCCCGGCCGACAGUUAGCUCUUUGCGCGACACCGCAGCGCGACAUUUUUCGAAAUGUCGCGCGUUUACGAGCCGAGCGACCAUGUAGUCGAGAAGUCCCUGCUGCCUUCCUUCGAGCAAUACCAAAAUAUGCACAAGGAAUCCCUCGAAGACCCCGAGUCAUUCUGGUCGGAGCUAGUUAACGAAUUCUAUUGGCAAACACCGUACCAACGCGGUAACAUCGUCUCGUACAACUUCAAUGUAAACAAGGGGAACAUAUUCGUCAAGUGGCUGGAGGGCUCCAAGACCAACAUCUGCUUCAACGUGCUGGACAGGAACGUGAGGAACGGCCAUGGCGAUAAAAUUGCAUUCUACUGGGAGGGCAAUCACCCAGAAGAUUACAGCCGCAUCACCUACAUGAAGUUGAUGGACCUCGUGUGCCAGUUCGCGAAUGGUUUGCGCGAGCGAGGCAUAGGCAGGGGAGACCGGGUCUCCAUCUACAUGCCUAUGAUAUUGGAGACAAUUGUCUGUAUGCUCGCGUGUGCCCGAAUUGGCGCUGUCCAUUCCGUGGUGUUUGCGGGAUUUUCCUCGGAUGCGCUGGCAGAACGGAUGUCCGACUGCAAAGCUAAGGCUUUGGUGACAGCGGACGGCGGCUGGCGUGGAGAAAAGUUGCUUGUACUUAAAAAUACAUGCGAUGAGGCACUGCAAAAGGCCAAGGCCAAAUAUGAUCAUUCUGUGGAAAUGUGCAUCGUAGUACCCCAUCUGGAUAGAGUGACCCCUUGCGGGAAACUCCCAGAUGACGUCAGACAACUCUAUAAAUGGAACUCUGACGUGGACGUUUGGUGGCAUGAGAUCUUGGAAGGGCAGUCGACGAUCUGUCCUCCAGAGUGGAUGACGCCGGAGGAACCGCUGUUUAUGCUAUACACCAGCGGUUCCACGGGCAAGCCUAAAGGGGUGGUGCACUCAACGGCAGGCUACAUGUUGUACGCAGCCGCAACCUUCCGUUACGUGUUCGACCAUCGCGAGAAGGACAUCUACUGGUGCACCGCGGAUGUUGGCUGGAUCACCGGCCAUACUUACGUGGUGUAUGCGCCCUUGGCUAAUAAUGCCACUUCUGUUAUGUUCGAGGGGACUCCAUUCUUCCCUGACAACGAUCGCUUCUGGUCGGUCUGUGAGAAGUACAAGGUGACGCAGUUUUACACCGCGCCCACCGCUAUCAGGGCGCUCACCAAGUUCGGAGAAGAUCUAGUCAAGAGACAUAACCUGGACAGUCUCCGUGUCCUGGGCAGCGUGGGAGAGCCCAUAAACCCUGAAGCCUGGCUGUGGUACUACAACGUGGUCGGUCAGGGUCGCUGCUCCAUUGUCGACACCUUCUGGCAAACGGAGACCGGAGGCCAUGUCCUCACCAGCCUCCCAGCUGCCACGCCUAUGAAACCUGGUGCUGCUGGUUUCCCAUUCUUCGGCGUGGAGCCGACAAUCGUGGACGAAGACGGGCACGUGGUCGAAGGCCCAGGAGAAGGUUACCUGGUGUUCUCCCGGCCCUGGCCCGGUAUCAUGGUCACCCUGUACGGCAAUCAUAGCCGUUACGAAGAUGUGUACUUCAGAAAAUUCCCAGGAUACUACUGCACCGGCGAUGGGGCUAGGCGAGAUGAGGACGGCUUUUUGUGGGUAACGGGUCGUAUCGACGACAUGCUGAACGUAUCAGGGCAUCUGAUGUCCACAUCGGAGGUAGAAGGCGUUCUCACGGAAGACCCGAACGUGGUGGAAGCCGCCGUCGUCUCCAAGCCACAUCCAGUCAAAGGCGAGUCUUUGUACUGCUUCGUCAUUUUAAAUGAAGGUGCCAAAUUCGAUGCGGCCUUAGUCGAUGCGCUGAAGAAACGUGUACGCGGCCGAAUUGGAGCUUUUGCAGCACCAGAUGUCAUUCACCACGCGCCAGGGUUGCCGAAAACUCGUUCAGGAAAGAUUAUGCGACGUGUGCUCCGCAAGAUCGCACUUGGGGACAAAAAUAUCGGCGAUACUUCGACUCUGGCCGACCCCUCCAUCGUCGAUAUGCUCUUCAAGACACGCCCCUGAACUAUCAAUACAUAACACGCAGAUUUUUUUCGUUCCUAUUCAAAUGCAUGGCCGUAUUUAAUCCCGAUUAUUUUCCGCUAAUCUCCAGUCCAGCUUAAAUAUCCGUCCGCGACACUUGACAGGCCUUGCGUUUCACUUAGUACAUUCAAAAUUGCUGCUUUAUCGUCACUGUAAUGUUUGCUUCUGAUGUACUCGUAGGAUAACAAAACAAUUGUGUGAGGUUUUAUACAUGGGUUUAGCGUAGGACACAAGCCUUCAUCGGCAUAGCUAGUAGGUAUUUGUAUAAUGUACUCUCAUCAUUGACUUUUCGAUCACUGGAUGGAUACAUCUACAUUCGUUAGAAGUUUAGCAAUAGACAGGGUGUGUCUACCGAAAUGGUUCAAAAUCUCGCACAGAGCGUGAGGUCGUCUGUUAACGAUGCUCUAUUUAUACCUAGAUGUCAAAGUGACGGUCGGAUGUCUAUGACGAAAGUGAUACAAAGUCAAUGAUAUUAAUUUAAUUAAACUAUGUAAUAAUUAAAAUAUUUUGUUACACUACAGGGUGUUCCCAUAUUUUAAGAUUAAGUACAUUACUUAUAUUGUUUGUUAACGUUUAGCAUUUAUAUUUUGUCAAAAAUCGAUUGAAUCGGUUUUCUUUAUAUCAGUUAACUGAUUGUGAUAUAAUAAUAGGCGAGUUUGGCUUAAAAAAUCAAAUUCUUAUUUAUAUGUGUCUGGUAGUACCUACCUCAAGAUAAAAUAAAUAUAUUUCUGCAUUAUUUUAUAGUUUGUGUCAUUCAAUGAUACUGUUUUAUUCACCACAAUAAGCCUAACAAUUAAAUUGAAUUAUUAUGAAUGUACCCUAUUAAUUUGAAGUUCAAAUAUUUAUCGAUGUAAUUAAGUAAGUAGUGCACCGCUGACGAUGCUUGGAUAAAGAACCUAGGUAACGGUAUUCAGUCAUUCCAUAAUAUGUAAUCUUUAAUGUAGAGUAUUUUUUGCAUACUUUAUGUCAAAAUAUAGCCCAGUGUUAAGUAUACAAGAUGCAAUCUAUCGUACUUAGUCAUAGUAAUCAUAUUUAACCGCGUAAUCAUAUGUUUAGAAUACCACUGCUCUUUAGCUGUGUGUAGAUAAAUAUAGCCGUUUAGAAACUUAAACAUGUAUCUUUGGGCAUGUGCUUUUAAUUAACAAUUUAAUUUUAUUCCUAGACUGAGGAUGUUUUGUACACCAUAUAUAAGUUUAGCUAGCUGCAUCAGAUAGAUCUAGUAUUUAUUCCUGAUUUUAGAUUUAAUGACCGGGUCGAUGCGACAUGCUUGGGACUGGAACAUCCAUGGUUGUUUACAGUUGUGCACCAACGAAAGCAAUUGCACUUUAUUAGCUACUUGUCUAUUGCCAACAGAAAUGUUUGUUUUCCUAUGUUUUUUUUUAAUGGGUUGUGAUAUAUUUUAUCUACAUUAUAUUUUUCCGUAGGCUGUUUUUUUCUGCACAAAUGUUGCGAUAGAAACAGUAAAUUGAUAUUACCUACUUACAUUAAUGUUAAAUGUAUUUGAAGGCACUUAUUUGUGAUGCACAAUGUUGAAUUAGAAUAAGGCGUAGUGUAACUUGUGUACCUAUAUAGGUUCUAGGUUAAAGCGUAGGAUUAUCUAUUGCCUUUCUGUGGAACAACUAUUAUUAGUUAUCUCGUUAUUUUAAUUUAAAUACUUGCUUUUAGAAUUUUGAGUCUAGUAUUUAUAUUUUAGGUAGGUAUAUGUUGCCUGCUACUUCAGAACUUAAUCUGAUGUAUCUUGUUCCGAAUAUUACUAUAUUAUAUUAUAUUUAUUAUAACUUCAAGUACCUAUAGAGCAUGUUUUUUGAUGACUCUGUUAUCUGCAGUACCUACAUGUGUUACCGACUAAUAAAUAUAUACAAUACAAUA